UCAUGCUGCUGCCAGGUCCAGAGUCUCUCAUGGGUCCCUGUACGGCCUCCCAUUGCUGCUGUCUCCAUCUCCACACUCUGCCAUGUGCCACUUUCAGGUCUCCUCACACUGCUGUUGUGUUCCAUUUUUUGUCAUAGGGUGCUGGCAGAUUACGGGGCCUCCCAUUGCUGCUGCCAGGCCCGUAAUCUGCCAUGGGCCCCUGUACCGCCUCCUCAUGCUGCUGCCAGGUCCAGAGUCUCUCAUGGGUCCCUGUAUGGCCUCCCAUUGCUGCUGUCUCCAUCGCCACACUCUGCCAUGUGCCACUUUCAGGUCUCCUCACACACUGCUGGUGUGUUCCAUUUUUUGU